AAGCGUGCGAGGUGGAGAGUUUUACAAAAUCAAAACAAACCAUCGGAGCGCUGAUGGAAUGAACUCGGAUCAAAUAUCAUAAAAUUUGUAAUGUGAAACUGUAGCCACAGAUGAAUGUACUAAAGAAUUCAAGUAGGACGCACCUUGUGCAAACAUACUUAGGUUUUUAUCAUGGUUAGAAAUGGCAGUUUUAGAGGCAGUUUAAAAGUAAGUUUUCAAAAACGAGCCAUGUCUGACGAGGAUCUUUUGGUUGAUGAUGACGAAGAUGACAAUUGGAAGUUCGAGGAUGAGGAGGAUGAAAGUCCCGACGUAAUUAAAAACGUUGAAGCACAAGAUAGUGUUGUAAAAAUUGGUGGAGUGGAAGACACCUUAUUUGUUGAUCAUACUCUUUAUGAUUCGACUGAACACAGAGCUCAUGUAUGGAAUUUAGACACUAAAAUGGGGAGAGUACGUUUCAAAAUUCACCUUAUUAUGGACCAUGUUGCUGCCAGGCUGUUUAGCAUCCUUCUAGUUUUAACAGAUAUAGUAUUAGUUCUUGUUGCUUUAGCAACCGAAGCUGACACAAAGGUAUAUGCACCAAUAACAUUAGCAAUUGUGUCAUAUUUUAUGGUGGAGUUGGCGCUUAGAAUAUUUUCUUGGGGAAAAGAGUUUUUUCACCAUCGAUUGGAAAUUAUUGACAUGGUUAUCAUAAUUUUAACCUUUCUCAUCACCGUAAUUUUUGAAAUCGCUAUCCAGAAUAAAAAUGUCAAAUAUGGCAAGUUGAUUGUCAUAUUCCGAUUGUUAAGAAUACUACUACUGGCACGCAUUUGUACUGGUCGUAAACAUGUUGAAAGAUCGACACGAAAUUUAAUAUCACAAAACAAACGACGUUACGUGAAAGAUGGGUUUGAUUUGGAUUUGACCUAUGUUACUGAGCGGGUUAUUGCUAUGUCAUUUCCUUCUUCUGGUAAAACAUCAAUGUAUAGGAAUCCUAUAGAGGAGGUGUCGCGCUUCUUUAAUACAAAGCAUCCAGAUCAUUACAUGCUUGUCAAUUUGUGCAGUGAACGAAGCUAUGAAACACAUUGGUUUAAUAACAACGUGGAAAGAGUGUUGAUUGAUGACCAUAACGUACCGAGAUUGAGUCAGUUAUUACAAUUUUGUCAUGUGGCUAACGAAUGGAUGCAAAAGGACGAAAAGAAUGUUUUAGCCAUUCAUUGCAAGGGCGGAAAAGGUCGAACAGGCACUUGUGUUGCUGCUUGGCUUCUUUACUCUGGACAAUUUAAAACAGCCGAGAAAGCUUUAGCUUACUUCGGCUUGAGAAGAACAGACAAAGCGAAAGGCUCAAUGUUUCAGGGAGUACAAACUCCGAGCCAGAGCCGCUAUGUUGGAUACCUGGAAAAGGUUUUGCGCGAUAUGCACGGUCGGCUACCAACACCUAAACCACUUUUGUUUAAAAGUAUGAAAAUCACUGGUCUAAAACAUGUUGGGAAUGGAGAUGGAAGCGAUCUGAAAAUGGAAGUCAUUAUAAAUGGACGUGUGAUUUACGAGCUGAACUUCAACGUACCCAUCGUUGGUCAAGUGACGAGAAAGGGAGACGAAGUGAAAGUAAAGUUCAAUGUUGAUGACACGCCCGUAGUUUCGGCUGACGUAAAAGUUAGAUUUUAUUCGUCCAACGCAAACGUUCCAAAGGAGUAUGACAGAUGUGCUUUCUUCUUUUGGUUCCAUACGAGCUUUAUAAAGGAACACAAACUUCAUCUAGCGAGACACGAAAUUGGGAAUUGCCACAAAAAGAAAUUUUCCAAGAUUUACACAGAAAAAUUUUCUAUCACUUUGAAAUUUGCUGAUCCGCCGAAGGAUAUGGUUGAAAUAGAGCCCAGCAGCGAUAAAUUUUAAUGGUCGGUUUGGGUUUAUGAAUGGUGAGAAAAAUGUCGAUUCGAUUUAUACCUCACAUGAUUUCCGACAAACUAGCAGAUUAUAAAAGCCAAACUUUGUGUGUAUACAAUGAUGGCAAGCCAUAUUAAAAUAACUUUUUUUAAUAGUUAGUAAAAAGACAAAUUUAAUAUUUUAUAAAACACCAGCUUGUUCAAUUAAGAACGGUUGGUUUUACUUCCCUGUCACUUAUCAUAAUUUUCGGUCAGGUUCCGAUAAAUCUUUUGUCUAAAAUUAAAAGUAUAAAUUAAUGUUUUUAUAUUUACAAUAAUAUUAAAUACGAUUAAUUUUUUGUGAAAUUUCAAAAUAACAUUAGGUUUUUAUACCUGCCUUUUUUUCUUUCCUAUUUUUGUUUAUAAGUUUUUCAAUAUCACAUAUUUUUAGACACAACACUUAAAAUAUGUCAACAAAUUUAAUUAUGAAUAGUUAGGUGUAUGUCUUCGCUGUCCUAUUUUGUACAUGUAGCUAUUAAUCAAAGCUCAAGUAAACAAAAAAAAAAUGACUGUUUCUGUUAGGAUCUGGAGCGUCUGUUUUCUCACAGGUGUUUGACUAAUUUUAUUUACUUUAAUUUUGAUUUCGUUUCGAUGAACAAAAAUGAGUACAAGUGAGUUAUAUAAAUCAUAGUACGAAAUUAUUAUACAACUUUGACAAUUUUCCGAAAAUGUUCAUGGAUUUCUGAACAGUUUUAAAAAUAUCUCAAAGUUGUAUUUCAAUUUCAUUGGCUUACGCGUGACGUCCGUCCGUUGAGACAUGUCAAGUGAAGGUAUGUUUUUGUAUUUUGCAAGACUCAUUGGUGAGUUUACCAAGUCCCUGAAGUUUUGUACAAAUAGUGCUAAAUUUUGUAAUGAAUGAAGAGAUGUUUAUAAUUUAAUAUUAAUUUAGUAUAUAAAUUUUCCAUAUUCACAAAUUGUAUUUAUUAAUUUUGUCUGUUUUUGUAGAAUUUAAAAUAUAUUUUAGUGUUCCGCGUUCGGAAUAA